UACAUAAUAUAUAUUAUGAGGGCAAGAGAUUAUGCCUUUAUUUUUCUGUGGACAAAUAAGGAAAGUGUCUAAAUAGCAAGUGCAUAUGGAAAAGACCAGAGGUUUGAGAAAAGGUGCAUGGACAUAUGAGGAGGACAAUCUACUCAAGGACUGUAUUCAAAAAUAUGGUGAAGGGAAAUGGCAUUUAGUUCCUAAAAGAGCAGGUUUGAAUAGAUGCCGGAAAAGUUGUAGAUUGAGGUGGGUGAAUUAUUUAAACCCUGCAAUCAAUAGAGAAAGUUUCUCCCAUGAUGAAAUUGAUAUGAUUCUAAGGCUACACAAACUCUUGGGGAACAGAUGGUCAUUGAUUGCUGCGAGGCUUCCGGGUAGAACAGCUAAUGAUGUGAAGAAUUAUUGGCACACAAAUUUGCGCAAGAAAGUGAUUCCAAGAAAAGAAGAAAAUGAAGAAAAAGAGAAAUCUAAAGAAAGCAUGAUCAAAUCUCAUGAAGUUAUCAAGCCUCGACCUCGAACUUUUUCAACUCAUUCACUAUGGUUGAAGAAGAAACGUAAUUUUGUGAGUGAUGGUAGUGCAACAAAACUAGUGAUUUCAAGUGAAGAUGGCAAUGUUCCAAGAGAGUGUGAUAAGACAACACUCCCAAAUAUAGGUGAUGCACAACCAUGUGUUGGUAAUGUCCCACUUUCUACUAUGUGGUGGGAGAGUUUGUUAAAUGUGGAUGAAGAAAGAAAUAAUGAGAAAAAUGGCUCUUGCUCUUUAUUACAAGAGGAGAAUUUCACUUUGGAGUUUUCGAAUGUGGAGGAAUUUUUUACUAAUGGCUCCACUGCCAGUGAUUCCUUUUGGGAUUUCAACCUUUGUGAUAUCAAUAAUUCCUCUGGGGUCUUUAAUUAGUUUUUCACCUAUAAGCCUGCAAAUAAAUUUUAGAAUGCCUUUAAUGGAGUAAAAUGUUAAGAUUGUUUAAGUGAAUUUAAAUGGAUCCCACUAAAUUAAAUAAGUUUCAUGUAAAUUUAGUUGGAUCUAUUUAAAUAUCAAUCUAUUAAGAUUAUUGUUUUAGUUA